AUGAUAUCAAAUAUUAAAAUUGGUAUCAAUGGAUUUGGUCGGCUUGUAUUUCGAUGUGCACUUGAACAAAGUAUUCAAGUAAUUGCUGUUAAUGAUCCAAGUCCAUCGAUUUUUAUUCCUCCUGCUGAACAUAUGGUUAAUAUGUUGAAACAUGAUUCAACACAUGAACAUUUCAAAGGUGAAGUUUCACAUAAAGAUAACAAAUUUAUUGUUACAGGUCAAGAAAUCAGCACCCUCGUUGAGAUUUGCAACGACGUGAAGAUUCGCCAAAAUCUUAUUCCAUUAUCAAUUGGUGCUGCUAUUGCUGGUAAAGCUGCUAAAUAUGAAGAAAUUUAUGUUGCAAUUAAAGAAGCUACUAAUGGUCCAUUCAAAAAUAUGUUGACUUAUACUGAAGAUGAAGUUGUUUCGACAUGUUUUAUUGAUGAUAUACAUUCAUCAGUUUUUUAUGCUAAAGCUGGUAUUUCACUGGAUGAUCGUAUUGUGAUUAAAUAA